AUGAUGGAUCACGGUGGCGUAGACGAGGAAGCUCCAAUAGAUCCGAGACUCAAAAAUCGGACUUUUACCGCCGAUCAGGACUUUGAAGGUCACCGAGCGCACACCGUUUUCGUUGGCGUCCACAUUCCGGGCUCAUCCCGCCGGCAUUCGCAACGCCGUCGGCACAAGCACCACCAGACGAGCCGGGAAAGUGGUGAUAAAGGCGGCACAGUUUCGGAAUCGGACCGGCCUGUUACGCCACCUGCACAAAGAGUUCAGUUCAUUCUGGGCGGUGAAGUCGGCGGCGAAGGUGAGGGUACCCAACAUGAGUCACACCCUCUGUUCUCCGAAAUGGAGGAGCUGGUCAAGGAGGGCGACGAGAUGGCCUGGAAGGAAACGGCACGCUGGGUAAAGUUCGAGGAGGACGUCGAGGAGGGUGGUAACCGGUGGUCCAAACCGCACGUGGCCACCCUCUCGCUGCAUUCGCUGUUCGAGCUGCGCAGCCUGCUGCUGAACGGGACCGUCAUGCUGGACAUGGAAGCGGUUAGCCUGGAGCAGAUCGCGGAGCUGGUGUGCGAGAACAUGGUCAACUCGGGCACACUGCCGGUGGAGGCACGCGACAAGGUGAUCGAUGCACUGCUGAAGCGGCACAAGCAUCAGCACGAGUUCGGCAACAAGAAAAGCCGUCUGCCGCUGAUCCGCUCACUGGCCGACAUUGGCAAGAAUCAUUCCUCUUCGAAGAAUAUGCCACGCUCAUCCACCAGCUCCUCGGCCAACUCAUUUCCAAUGCACGUCGUUUCGUCGACACCCUCGGGCUUGCACGAAGAUGGCGAAUCCGCCCUGGCACCGGCAUCGCCCCAAACGGCCCUGCUGUACGGCAGCAAAGACCAGCGCGGUCACUAUCUAGCACUGCCAACAGUUGAAGACCCAACGAAUACUAACAGUCCACCGAAUAGUGCUACUAGCAAUGGCAGUAACCCGAAUGCAUCCAGCAAACCGACCAACGGCAACAGUGGCAGCGGCAAACACUUAACCGUACCCGGAAGAGCCGCCGGAGAACAUAUGACGCAAAGUCCGAGCAACGUGUCGAUGCCGCGCAACACCAGCUCGGGCGAGCUGCAGAACGGCGAGCAUAAGACGAACACGCACUUCAUGCGCAAAAUUCCACCCGGUGCCGAGGCCAGCAAUAUUCUUGUCGGUGAGGUUGACUUCCUCGACAAGACGCUGUCGGCGUUCCUGAGGCUCAAUACCGCCUCGGUGAUGGGCGAUCUGACGGAGGUCCCGGUACCGACCAGGUUCAUCUUUAUCCUGCUCGGUCCGCCGGGUAGCCACGGAAGUUUCCAUGAGAUUGGGCGCGCAAUGGCAACCCUAAUGUCGGACGAGAUAUUCCACGAAGUAGCGUACCGUGCGAAAAAGCGCGAGCAUCUGCUGGCCGGUAUUGAUGAGUUUCUGGACGCCGUCACAGUGCUGCCGCCGGGCGAAUGGGAUCCCUCCAUUCGGAUAGAACCGCCCGCGGCAAUACCGUCGCAGGAGGUCCGCAAACGGCCACCGGAGAAGAACCCGAAGGAGGAGAUCGACGAAGAGCUGGAGGAGCAGCGGCAACGCGAAGAAGCGGGCCUCUCCCGCACGGGUCGUCUAUUCGGGGGGCUUAUCAACGAUCUGAAGCGUAAGGCACCGUUCUAUCUGUCCGACUUUAAGGAUGGACUUUCGAUGCAGUGUGUAGCGUCGUGGAUCUUCCUGUACUUCGCCUGUCUCUCGCCGAUCAUCACGUUCGGUGGCUUACUGGGGACGGCCACCGGUAAUAAUAUCGCUGCGAUGGAAUCGCUCGUAUCGGGCUUUGUAUGUGGCAUUGGGUAUGGGUUCUUUUCCGGCCAACCGCUCACCAUUCUCGGUUCGACCGGACCGGUACUGGUGUUCGAAACGAUCGUGUAUGAGUUCUGUUUGAAGGUCGGGUGGGAUUAUCUAACGUUCCGGUUCUGGAUCGGUACCUGGAUUACGCUCAUUCUCUUCGUGCUGGUUGCGGUCGAUGCGAGUGCGCUCGUGUGCUACAUUACCCGCUUUACGGAGGAAAACUUUGCCUGCCUGAUCGCCGUCAUCUUCAUCUACAAGGCGAUCGAGAAUGUGUUCCACAUUGGGCAGGAAUAUCCGAUCAACACGGCUGGCGGGAAGUUUGAUUGCUCCUGUUUGCCACCGGUCGGGCAGGAGCUGACUCCGGACGCUAUCCAUCACUGGUCACAGUUUGAUAUGCGAACGUGCAAGAGCUCCAACGGAACGCUAGCCGGAACGGACUGCGACAAGCCCGAGUUUGUGUCGGAUGUCUUCCUCAUGUCGAUCGUACUAUUUCUCGGCACGUACAUCAUAUCGGUCAUACUGAAGGACUUCAAGAACGCCCUGUUCUUCCCCUCGAUCGUGCGUCAAUUCAUCAGCGAUUUCUCGGUCACGAUUGCGAUCUUCUCGAUGACGCUGCUCGAUUUCUUCACCAACAUCGCAACGCCGAAGCUGGACGUGCCGGGCGAGUUCAAGCGUACGAUCCCGGACCGGGGCUGGAUCAUUAUGCCAUUCCACGAGAACAACCCAGCCUGGUCGUCGGCACUAGCGAUCCUGCCCGCCCUGCUCGGUACCAUACUGAUAUUCAUGGAUCAACAAAUUACGGCUGUGAUAAUCAAUAGGAAGGAACACAAACUUACCAAAGGUUGUGGCUACCAUCUGGAUUUGUUCGUGCUGUCCUGUCUGAUACAGAUCUGCACCAUCAUGGGUCUACCUUGGUUCGUUGCUGCCACCGUGCUCAGUAUUAAUCACGUCAAUUCCCUGAAGAAAGAGUCCGAGACGGCUGCUCCGGGCGAGAAGCCACAGUUUAUUGGAGUGCGCGAGCAGCGCGUUACCCACGUUCUGAUCUUCCUGAUGAUCGGAUGUUCCGUGCUGCUGACACCGCUACUAUCCCACAUUCCGAUGCCGGUACUGUACGGGGUGUUUCUGUACAUGGGUGUUUCGGCCCUCAAGGGACUGCAGUUCUUCGAUCGCUUGCUGAUCAUGCUGAUGCCUGCCAAGUACCAGCCGGACUACAUGUUCCUGCGACAGGUCCCCAUUCGACGUGUCCAUCUGUUCACCAUGAUUCAGCUGGCCUGCUUUGCCGUACUGUGGCUAAUUAAAUCGUUCUCCAUCACCUCGAUCCUCUUCCCGCUAAUGUUGGUGGUGAUGAUCGGCGUCCGGAAAUCGCUCGACUACAUCUUUACCAAGCGCGAAUUGAAGAUCCUGGACGACAUCAUGCCGGAGAUGACGAAACGUGCCCGGGCGGACGAUCUGCAUCAGCUCGAGGACGGCGAGGACUCUGGACAACAUUCGGCCGACAAUCUGCAGCUACCGCUGGAAAAUGGUACCGUCAACGAGAAGGGCAAGAUUAACAUAUCGGAAGAGGUCAAUCGGACCACCAUCUGGAAGCAGGUCAACAACUGUAAUGUACUCUUCACGAAAAAACAAACACCGACGGCAACUGAUCGCCAGAAACAUUCGCAACAACUUUCUAAAUCGAGUGAAGCCGAGAAAAGACUGUCCACUAUGAGGGAGGAAGACGAAGUGGCUGAUGAGACGGGCCGUCAAUUAAGCCAGCAGAAGAAGACGCAGAAAAUGAAGCGAGAGUUUUGGAUGAAUUCCCGUACCGGCAGCAGUAACGGUCGUGCCAAUAGCAAUAGCAACAGUACCGGAGGCAAGAUCGUCGGCACCGACGGUCCUGCGGUGAGCCGCGGAACCAACGGCGCUUCCGAAACGCAGGUAUAA